AUGUCCGACGAUGAGCAUGACGAAGCAGACAUGUCAGCUGAAGAAACUCCACACGGCGACUUCGACUUACAAGUAAUUCUCGGGAAUUUUUCUUUAGAGCCUUCAAAAUUUGAUGACAUUCUGAAAGCAGCGAAACAGUUCGGAGACCCUCAUCGUUUUCUGAUCAACAAAUUUAUCCUGGAGCCGACUAUGAGUAGAAAAAAAAUGAACUAUCUUUUUACGAAAUACGUGACUACUGUCAAAGAAAAAAAGCAUCCAGAAGCGUUUAUGAAGAUCCAAAUCACAUCAGAGGAAUCGAAAGAACUGUCUAGAUCUAUUGUAAAAACAAUGAACACUGCAAAUGGAAAAAUUAGGAAUGACUUCAGACCAUGGCGAUUUGUUCCUUCGACCGAUGAAAAAACUCCUAACGAGUAUGUCACGAUGACGGGAUGCUCUAGAAAUUCAUCUAUCAUCAGUGAGGCCAGCGAACUGACGUUAGAUAAUACUCGUACCUCUAACCAAAUUAACGUUUCUACUUACAGAAAAUCUGAACGCGCUUUAUUCCUCGCAAUUCUCGAAGAGAUGAUGUGCGGAGAUGGAACUGUGAAGAUGUCCUGGAUUCACUCAAUUAUCCAAAGAGAACCACACAAAGUACCGGGCCCGAAAUGUGAUAUGUUCAUGGCGAAGAUGACUAGGCAGAAAUAUUUUUCUAUGGAUGAUGAUAGAGAAAUCGUUGAAAUUUCUCCAAGAACAAUCAUCGAGCUCGAGCCAUGGCUACGUGCCAAAUUUUCUGAAGAGCUAAAGUUGUGCGAGUUGUGCCGAAGAAUUAUCUCAAGACCAAUUUAUACUGCAGAAUGUAACAAAUGUCAAUCAACAUAUCACUUCAAUUGCUUUAAAAACGCCACAGUGAUUUCAAACCAAGACAGUGUAGAGUGCAGUAAAUGCCCAGAAAAGAUUACUUUGGAUGAAGUAAACGAUCAAAUAGUUCUCAAAAAAGCUCAGGGAAUCUCUCGAGCUCCAUCCCGAUCAGCUACAGCAUCUCUUUCACGAUCUGCUUCAGCAGUACCUGAUCCAUCAGCGUCGAACGAUGCUGCCCUGGAUGAUUCUGAUGCUGGAACUGCAAACCAGACCACUGUCAAAGAAGAGGAAGAUGAUGAUCUUGACAUGUCGAAAAAACCACCAAAAACUAUAAAGGAGUUGAUGGCCACUAGAAAGUGCAAUGUAUUUGCUCUGGCUGGAUGUACAAAUUCGGGAAAAUCCACCUUAGCGAAGGAAUUUCAGCGCUAUUUUGGUGCUGCGGACACAACAAUAAUCAACCAGGAUGAAUUCUACAAAACUGAGAACGAAGUAGAGAAAAUCUAUCAUCCAGCUGCAAAAACUCUCACCGAACAAGGAUAUUAUUGGAGUUUUGAUGAGAAAGAAGCAAUAAAUGUGAAUCAAUUCAAAGAAAGAAUUAUUGAAAAAUCGAAAAUUUAUAAAAAUGUGAUUAUCGAUGGAAACAUGAUCACAGAAAUGGAUGAAAUCGUGGAACUUUGUGGGAGAAUCGUAGUGUUGACACUUGAUAUUAAAACUUGUCGUCGACGACGUGAAGCCCGUACGGAUUAUGUACCUCCGGAUACUCCUGGUUACUUUGAUAAUGUUGCUUUCCCAGCUUAUUUGAGGCAUUUGGAAAAUGCAAGAAAAAGAAGUCGAACGGACUCUCGUAUUACAUUCAUCGACGUCUCUGAACCGAGGUUUUCGGACAGAAAUGAAUCAAUCAUUGACUUUCGAGAACAAAUUCUCAAUGAUCAUAUCAAGUUGACUGAUGAGGAGCUAAAAGUCAACGUUGUAGAUCAGUUGGUUAGUCAUCCGUCCUGUGGCGCCAUCUCAACAUUCAACGGUGUGACACGUGACAACCACGCUGGUCGGGACGUUGUUCACCUUUCUUAUGAUUGUCACGACUUAAUGGCUUACAAAAAACUACGUGGAAUAUGUGCUCAGAUUCGAACGGCUUUCCCUGAUGUAAAGAAGAUUGCCAUAUUCCACCGUCUGGGAAGAGUGGACGUUGGAGAAUCGUCAGUUGUCAUAUCUACAUCAUCCCCCCAUCGGAAAACUGCAAUAGAGGCAACUGGAAGAUGUAUUGACUUGUUGAAAGAUCAUGCACCGAUCUUCAAAUAUGAAGAAUAUUCAAAUGGAGAGACGAAAGGAACGAAAGGAACUUGGAAAUCAAAUGUGGAGGAUAGCCAACAGAACUGUUAA